AUGGCUGCAAAGGCGAAACAGGUGGAGCAGUGCAAGGACCAGGAAGGCGAAUGUGAAGACGAAAAUGAAGAAGAAGAAGAGGAUGGUGACGAUAACGAAGCAAGGAAUUACGAUCGGGAGAUGGGCCUCCUACUCUUCGCAGGUCCAAAGUGGACGUGUACUGUCGGCGCGAGCCUCGGCCUCGAUGCAUUCCACAGCGUGGGCCUCUGGCACGAAUGGCAGAGGAGAUUCCUCGAGGGCUUGGUGACAAGGAUGUUCACACCGUGGACUCAGAAUUGCAGUCCCAGCACAGUGAAGAAGAAGACGAUGGCUCACAGUCACGGACAGACGGCAUCCAAUUUCAAAAGGCGUGAAGUUUACGCCGUAAAGGUCUUCACGGUGUCCUCCACAGUCCAGAGUAUGUUCUUCAAUCUUCACUGUGAGGACCAAGGAGUCCUCACAGUCACGGACUCGCGACAUCCAAAACGGCGUGAAGUUUACACUGUAAAUCUCCUCACGGCUUCCUUCCCCAAAGGGAUAUUUCCUUAUGCCCUUUUUCGAUUACCGAGCCUCACUACUCUCUACAUAGGUAACAACCAAAACUUGUCCGGGAUUCUUCCCAAAUCCAAUUGGACUAGUCCUCUUGAGGCUUUGUCUCUCUGGGGUACAAGCUUUUCGGGAGAGUUGCCCAUACAGGUUUUCUCAAACACCUCAUUAGGUGUUAUAGAUUUGUCCAACAACAAGUUUAGAGGGUCAAUUCCACUUCCAUCUCCUGUCACAUAUUAUUAUUCUAUUGCAAGUAAUAACAUAACCGGAAAGAUCCCCUCUUUGAUAUGCAAUGCCACCUGGCUCGAGAUCAUUGACUUGUCCAACAACAGCUUAACAGGUAGCUUGCCUUGGUGCUUAACAAAUUUUGGCACCAAUCUGUCAAUUUUGAACUUGCGAAUGAAUCAGCUCGAGGGCACAAUUCCUCCAUUUUUUUCUUUGAGAAGUGGCUUGAUGACUUUUGACUUGAGUCGAAAUCGGUUUGAAGGUACAUUGCCCCAGUCGCUUGUCAAAUGUAGAUAUCUGGAAGUUCUGGAUCUCAGUCACAAUCAGAUAGAGGAUACAUUUCCAAGAUGGUUGGGAACACUCCCAGAACUAAAAAUUCUCGUUUUAAGGUCCAACAAUUUGAAGGGUCUUUUGGAUAUUCCUAGGGGAGCUCACCUCUUUCCCAAGUUACACAUUUUGGACCUCUCUAACAAUAGCUUUAGCGGUCCUUUGCCAACUAACUUGAUGAUGAACUUUAAAGGCAUGAUGAAUGGCGAAAAUGGGCAUGGCGAAUCAUUGUAUAUGACACGAUCUUUCCAAUUGGCGACAUACGAAAAUUCGGUGGCCGUGAUGAUGAAAGGGCUAGAGGUUGAGCUAGUGAGGAUCUUGACCUUCCUCACAAUUAUUGACUUGUCAUGCAACUCUUUCCAAGGGAACAUCCCUGAAGUUAUUGGACAUCUUCACUCUCUUGUAGGGCUCAACCUUUCUCAUAACCAUCUUACGGGUUCCAUCCCACCGAUUCUAGGGAACUUGGCUAAUCUUGGAUGGCUUGAUCUUUCUUCAAACAAGCUUAGUGGGUUGAUUUCUGGAAAACUGGGAGAUUUGGCUUCCCUUGGGUACUUAAACCUCUCGAAGAACCAACUUAUCGGUCGAAUUCCACAAGACAAGCAACUGAGCACAUUUUCAAGUAACUCGUUUAGUGGGAAUCCAGGCUUAUGUGGAACUCCAUUGCCAAAAGUAUGCCCUGGCGAUGCACAGUCUCCUUUGCCAUCGUCCUCAUCAACUUUUGACCGCAAAGGGCAUGAGAGUUGGUUAAAAAAGAAUACAACAUGGAUAGGCUAUGCAUCGGGAAUCAUAAUUGGGAUUUCAAUAGCAUACAUUGCAUUUGAAACACAAAGGCCCAAAUGGCUCACACAAGGUGUGAGAAUGCUGGAGAGAGGAGUAGCCGAGUGGAUGGAAAAGCCAAAGGGGAAGGCCAUCAAAUUUCAUUGA